AUGCCCAAAGUCAAUAAAAAUAAAAAACCUAUAGGUGGCGCAGAAAAAGUGCGAAUAAAGAAACAGAUAAUGCUUCAAAACGAAGCAAAAAGUUGUUCAAAUAUUUUAAGUAUGUUUUCUAAAUCUAAGGAUAAAGUUCAAACAGAAUUGGCAUUAAAUGUAGAUGAUGAUAUAACUGAAAUACAUACUACUGUAUGUACUAUUGUUGAAUCAAGUAGUAUGCCUAGUAAUUUUAAUUACUUUCAAAAACCAUUUACCACAAAGCUAGAGCAAUUUUUUGAAUUUCACCCACAACAACCUGAGUUUGUUACUCAAUUUAAAUCUUCUAAGGCUUUUUAUGGGAAAAAUAACAUUCAACGCCGUUGGCUAUCUUAUGAUACAACAUCUGAAUCUUUAUUUUGCAGUGUGUGUUUAGCAUUUUCAUCAGAUAAAAAUGUAUUUGUUGAAGGUUUAAAUGUCUGGAGUCAUGUUUACCAAAGAAUCCAUGAACAUGAAAUUAGUAAAUGUCACACAUUAUGUUCUGAAUUAUUUACUGACCAAUUGCACAAGAAAAAAAGUGUAGUCACAAAAAAUCUAAAUAUUGUGGAACGUGUAAUUGAUAUAAUUAAGUUAAUUGGAAAAAGAGGGCUGAGCUUUAGAGGUUAUUUAAAUGAAUGCUCAAGAAGUUUAAAAGAUCCUGCUAUUGAUCAUGGAAAUUUUUUGGAUAUUCUAUUACUUUUGAAGAAAUAUGAUGUUGUUUUAAAUGAUCAUAUUGAAAAAAUUACUAAGAGAGCAAUAAAAAACCAUGAACGUGGAAAAGGUAAAGGAAGAGGAUCUUCGUUAACGUUUAUUUCUAAAACUUCUGUUGACAUGAUUAUUGAUUCAAUAAAUGUUUUAAUGAAGAAAUCAAUAGCAAAUGAUGUUAGAGAAUCAGGAAUGUUUUCUAUACAGCUAGAUACAACUCAGGAUAUUUCAGUGCAAGAUCAAUGUUCAGUUGUAGUAAGGUAUGUAAAUUCAAAAGGUGUUCAAGAAAAGUUAUUAUCAGUUGUCAACAUACAAAAAUCAACUGGUAAAAGUUUUGCUGAUAUGUUAGCUAAUAUUCUAAAUGAAAAUGACUUGGAUGUUAAGAAAUGUGUUGGUAAUGCUACGGAUGGUGCUGCCAAUAUGCAAGGGCAAUUUAAUGGUUUUUCAGCGUGGCUUGAAAAAUUGUCUCCUAAUCAAGUCCACAUUUGGUGUUAUGCCCACAUAUUAAAUUUAGUUGUCAUAGAAUCUACAAAAUCCCCACUUAAUGCAGCAGCUUUAUUUGUAACAUUAAAUGAUGUAGCUAUAUUUUUCAAGGAAUCGUACAAGCGAAUGAAUACUUGGGUGGACAUAGUAGAUAGAAAUGAUAAAAGACGACUGCAGGCAAUUGGUAACACACGGUGGUGGUCUAAGGAAAAAGCUUUAACACAUAUUUUCGGAGAUGAAGGUUUAUAUUUUGAAGUUAUUUUAGCAUUAAAUACAAUAGAAAACUUAAAUGAAUUUACACCUGAAGUAAAGAUAAAAGCUAAUAAUUUGAAAAAAUCAUUUUUAUCUUAUUCAACAAUCUUAACUGCAUUUACUUAUGUACGGAUUUUUAAUAUAAUAAGCUCACUAUCCAAGUAUCUUCAAACAAAGAGCAUGGAUUUGCUGAAGUGUCAAGAAAUGGUUAGUGGAGCAAUUACAGAUUUGAAACAAAUUCAGAGAGACUUUAAAGGAGUUAAAGAAAUUUCUAAAAAAUGUAUAGAUAUUAUGUCAGACAAAUUAGAACAGUCACAAUAG